UAUGCAUAUGCUGGAAGUGAUCGAAACAGAUCCAGUUAGUUUGUGCCCUCGCGAAAAAUUGCAUAAAAUAUUCACUCAUUUAUUGUAAACAUUGAAUCAUUUUAAUGUCAGUCGUACAGGUCAGGGACCAGUGUUUAUUUGUUGGAAUAACGCGAAAACAAUGGCGAAAAUUUUUGUUAUGUGCCCUUCAAAAAUUUCCAUUCAAUAUUUUAUGACUAAAUUAUCUCCAUAUCCGAAAAAUGUGUUACUUUUGCGUGUUUUAAUUUGACCCACAUAUCAAUAACAAGACCAUAUAAAAAUUUUAAUUACUCCAGAAAAAUGCGUGUUUAGUCUAAUACUGAAUAGAAAAACAACUCAAAAAAAACAAAAACAGAACACAAACAAAGUCGGGCUUAUUUAACAAUGAAGAAUAAUUAAAUAUGAACAAAACAUUCAUUUGGAAUGUAAAACGUUAAUAUAGGCAACCAACAAGGCGCACUGCUGGUUGUCUAAUCCACAAUUUUUGGUUUAUUGUUCCCCAAAAAAAUUUUGAGACGAAUGAAUGUAAACAUUUUGUUUCGUCCACUAUUGAUUCGUGUUUUACUGAAGAUUUUUUUCAUUUUUAUACGGAAAUUCAAGCAAAACAAAACGUAUCAAAGGUAAGUGCCCCUUCACUAGUCGAUAAACAAAAGUUCCGAAAUCAAACUUUUAAAACCAAACGUUUAAUUAAACAAAUGCGAGUUUUGAUCCAACAUUUUGGAAAUGAAAUUAUCCCGGCGCAUCCACCAUUUUUAAGUAACAGAAUUGGUGGCUACGUUUUUUUAAUAAACAAUUCCUGGGAUAAACCCAACAAAAUGUGAGAACCGUUCGAAUUUAUUCAACUGAAAACGGCGCAAUAUCAAGUGAUAGACGUCACAGGUGUAUUCGAGUCUUGUGAAAUAAAACUGGCGACUUUCUUUUAUCUACUUACUCGGAUAAUAACAUCCUAAAUUCAAUACUCGGGAGAAUCAAGUCUUAAAUCAUAUAAUAAAACUUGAAGAACUGAAACAGAAGAUAUUGGUUUUCCCGGCGCAUCCACCAUUUUUAGAAACCCGAUCUGUCCUCAUUAGAACACAUCUAUUACUAAUUCAGGGCGCUUAACUCUAACUACUAGCAAGUUUUAAAGAAAAAUCUUGGACAUAAUUACCAUAACUCCACUGUUAUUAUAGUCCAAGUCUUAUUUAAUGCAUUUUUAAAUCAACUUUCUCGUAUAUAGCCCGCUAUUAGGCCUCCAAAUUAAUAGUGGGUGAUUAUGGCAGAACUGAAAUAUUUCAAAGGAAUUGUUCUUAUACUAAAAUGGUCACUUUUGUACCCACUUGUGAAAUCGUGGCCAAAAAAAUGCUUGUAUUAUGUUUGGGCUUUAUUGUACGUGCUGUCGUUCAUUUUAACGUUUGUUCAAUGCUCGAUGUAUUUAUACAAAACGCCGUUUAAUUUAAUUGAAGAAGCCAUGAUCAUAAUGAAUACUGGUGAGUACUUUAAAAUAUGGUCGCGAAAUAAUUAAAUUUUCUAGCCAUAUAUUUUUCCCUAUUUAUCAAUUUUACGUUUCUCUACACCAAACGCACAAAACUGUCACGUUUUGUUAAGGAUUUCAACCAAAAAUGUCUCGACCAAACCGACAACAAAAUCGAAGAAAUCACAAUGGAAAAAUCGUCAAAAUUAUCAGACAAAUUCGUUUUUUACUGGACGUUUAACUGCAUUGCUAGCAGUUUGAUGCCAAUGAUUGCGUCACUACUUGGCGGAAACAAAAAUUUGCCAAUGGUGGUUUGGUACCCAUACGACCCCAACAAAACCCCCUACUUCCAACUAACAUACAUUUGGGAAAUAUUCUGCAUAAGUAAUUUAGGUUUAAUUUACGCCGUCCUUGACUUGGUUUUUCCCUGUAUUGCAAUUGUUUUGGGUCAACAAUUCAAAAUUUUGGCCAGUAAUUUCAAAAAUAAUGUAUACAGGGCGUUAGUUGAUUCAGAAGUUUCGGAAAAAAUCGUUCAAAUAUUCAGCAAGAACUUACACAAUGACUCGUUUAAUGAAGAAAUUUUCGAAAUUAUGAACAGUGCCAAGUUUAAGAAAAAUAACGCACGCUAUUUUAGAAAGAACGUCAAACACCACCAACAAUUACUGCAAUAUUGUGCCGAUGUUAGCGAUAUUUUAAGUAUUUUUCUGAUGGGGAAAGUUUCAGCGGCGAUUUUUAACACACUGUUCAUGGCUUUUAGCUUAAUCACAACAGGUAACCGUGCUAUGAUUUUUGGACUGGGCUCUUACAUGGUUUCGACAAGUAUCGAGCUGUUGAUUUAUACUUACAGUGGUCAAGUCCUAACUCAGAAUGCCGACAUUGUUGGGACGCUUUAUGAAAGUCCAUGGUACAUGUGUGACGUGCAUUUUCAGCGAACAUUUCACAUUGUCCAAAUGCGGGCGAGUAAAAUUGUGAACGUUAAAGCUGGCAAUUACUUUACAAUGUCCGCUUCCUCGUACAUAACAUUCAUGAAAUCGCUCGGAUCGUAUAUAGCGCUCUUGAAGGAGUUAACUGAUAGGGGAAAAUAAACUAUAAAGCUGUUCUGAUUUCAAGUUCUUGAAUUAUGGAAUAAAGCACCAACACUGCAUUACUUGUUUUAUAUUAUCGCAUUUUUUUCUGUUCGUUUAUGUAACAGAAACGCCAAAAUUAUCGAAGCAAAUUCUUUUAUAAUG